AUGUUCCAAGGGAAUUUUUCCUUUGUCAAUGUCGAUGCGUCGAGCCUGAGCACCCUCCCACACCGCCAAAGAGUGACGCGCCAUGUCCACGGCUACCGUCGCUGGAAGAAGGGACAAGACGCCCGCCGGCUUCUGGAAUCGUCCAGGUUCCAUGAGGUCUUUGAUUCUCAAUCCAAAUCUCUCACACCGGUUUCCAGCCGCGCCACCCGCGAGGAGAGACCUUGCGAACCGGCCCCAGCACCUCCCUCGUCGAGAUCCAUUCGCAAUCUGCCACCUUUGCUCGAUAUCGUCCUGCUUAACAGCCAUGCAGAUCCUUCCAGCGUCCUCCCCGAGCAGCUCGCAGUCACGACCAACUCACUGCUCGACUUCGAGAGGGAUUGCGUCGUUCCCGCUGUCAAAGAACUCGAGCUGCGCCUGACCGCGAAAGAGAAUGUCCCCAGCCGGACACCCUUCACCCAGACAUGGAUUGCUGACAGUAAAGCCUCACUGUACGACAGCAUUGCGAACAACAGCUAUUUGUCUCGCAUCGCCGCCACCAGGUACAUGGUGACGGCCAACCCAGAGCACCUGGACGCAGCGCACAAGUUCCGGCAUAAGGGGGUAGCCUCCAUCAGAGAAUACAUGACCACCACUCCUCGCAUCAACAUCCCCCGCCUCUAUCGCGCCCUCCUGCUCCUCCUCUUCGCCGAUAGCUGGUUGGGAGAUAGACAAGCCUUCUAUCAACAUGUCACAGUCUUGCAGGACAUCUUCGCGUCCCACCAGGACGAAGUCCUUACAGAUCCAUCUUUCAACAUCCAGCACUGCAUCAGUGUCAUAUGCCUCGAAGUUCAAUUUGCGGUCAUGAACUUCUCAGCGCCGUCUGUCGACCUCAGACCGAAUGGGUGGGCCGAGAAACAGUUCUUACCGUUGUGGGAGGAAGUCUCCGCGUGCUUCUUGACAUCGAGGCCAGAGACAGGUCAGAACCUAGAUCCUUAUUUGCAAGGCGACAUCCGAACUCUGUUCCUAGAUGCUCAAGAAGCUCUCGACGUCGUGGCGAAUAUUGGCAGACAGGCACCUCCAUCUCCGUCUCCGAAUUCUUCGCAGAUACCGGUUUAUGCCGUCUCAAAAACCAUGCUGACAGUUGGGAGACUGAUGAACCUUUAUGCACAUCUCGACGUCGAUACCAUACUUUGCCACGAGAACACCAUGGCAAUAUCUUCCCGCGUGUUGCCGAAACUCGAAGUCGCUUCUGCCGCCCUUUGUGCGAUAUACUGGCUACGUGAGAUGAGUGGCAUUGAGAACAUCCGGAUGACAGAACACAUAAGGCUGUUCACGUGGAACCCUUCCAUGCUGAGCAAGCUUCGCCACAUACUGACGGUUUAUGAAGCGGCGGAAAUGGACACUACCGGACCACAAGAAGAUAACCUCGGACGAGAACGAGGACGACUCCCACUCCUGCUCUGGAUUCUUUGGACGGCGGCCACGGUCGAACACUCAAUCUCGACUCUGAAUUUUUCGACAGCCACCACGAGCGAGACCUGGUUUACACAGCGAUUUUCCCAACUGGCGAGAAAUGCGGGGAUUGAGUCCAUGUCGCAGUGCCAAGUCAUCCUGGACCGGAUACUUCAGGUGCAUGGGAUGCGAAUAAUGAGCCCGGGUGGUGGAUGGACUGCAAGCUGUUUCUCGCAGGCGGGAGAAGAGCCAUGA